UUUCCAGAAGGUGUGGACAAUUACUCUAGAUCUUUCUUAACUCUUCUCAAAAUUCUUCUAUUUAUAUUUUCUGCACUGACCAUCACUCAACUAACUUAAUCCGAAAAAGAUAAUCCUUUCUAGAUUCUCGGAGAGCACAAACUAAGAAUCUGAGUUUUUGUGGGUUGCAUUGGCGUGUGAGAAACGAAGAUGAGCAGAGUUGGUGAUUCGUUAAACGUGGAUUUGGCGGCUGCAGUGAACAACCUCUUCAAUAUUCCUGAAACCAUGGAAAAGUUCAUGUUUCCUUCUUCUCGUGCCCAUGACCACCAUGAGAACAGAGGGGUUUCUAGCAUCAUUCCAGUGGACAUUUUAGACACUGCGAAGGAAUUUAUAUUCUUCAUGGAUGUUCCUGGUCUCUCGAAGUCUGAAAUUCAGGUGACAGUUGAAGAUGAGAAGACACUUGUGAUACGAAGCAAUGGGAAGAGGAAACGCCAUGAUGGAGAUGAUGAAGGGUGCAAGUAUCUUAGGCUGGAGAGGAGAGGGCCUCAGAAUUUGCUGAGGAAGUUCCGUUUGCCUGAGAAUGCCGAUGUGUCUGCAAUCACAGCUAAAUGCGAAAAUGGGGUUCUCACUGUAGUUGUUGGGAAGCACCCUCCUCCAAAAUCCAAAUCUGUUCAAGUUGCUAUUGCAUGAGUUUAGAGUGUUUAUGUGAUCUUGAAUAGUGUAAUGAAAUGUGAUCAAUGGUGAAUCUUCAUCAAACACUUCAUUUUGAUCUAUA